CUCAAAAAACACCAGCGCAUUCACACUGGAGAGAAACUGUAUCAGUGCUCACAGUGUGGAAAGAGUUUUAAUCAACAGGGUAAUCUCAAAAUACACCAGCGCAUUCACACUGGAAAGAAACCGUAUCAGUGCUCACAGUGUGAAAAGAGUUUUAAUACAAAGAGUGAGCUUAAAAUACACCAGCGCAUUCACACUGGAGAGAAACCGUAUCAGUGCUCACAGUGUGGAAAGAGUUUUAAUCAACAGGGUAAUCUCAAAAUACACCAGCGCAUUCACACUGGAGAGAAACCAUAUCAGUGCUCACAGUGUGGGAAUAGUUUUAUUACACAGGGUAAUCUCAAAAUACACCAGCGCAUUCACACUGGAGAGAAACCGUGUCAGUACUCACAGUGUGGAAAGAGUUUUAAUACAAAGAGUGAGCUUAAAAUACACCAGCGCAUUCACACUAGAGAAAAACCGUAUCAGUGCUCACAGUGUGGAAAGAAUUUUAAUCAACAGGGUAAUCUCAAAAUACACCAGCGCAUUCACACUGGAGAGAAACCAUAUCAGUGCUCACAGUGUGGGAAGAGUUUUAUUACACAUGGUAAUCUCAAAAUACACCAGCGCAUUCACACUGGAGAGAAACCAUAUCAGUGCUCACUGUGUGGGAAGAGUUUUAUUACAAAGAGUGAGCUUAAAAUACACCAGCGCGUUCACACUGGAGAGAAACCGUAUCAGUGUUCACAGUGUGGGAAGAGUUUUAAUGAACAGCGUAUUCUGAAAAGACACCAGCGCAUUCACACUGGAGAGAAACUGUAUCAGUGCUCACAGUGUGGAAAGAGUUUUAUUACAAAGAGUGAGCUUAAAGUACACCAGCGCGUUCACACUGGAGAGAAACCGUAUCAGUGCUCACAGUGUGGAAAGAGUUUUGUUACACAGAGUAAUCUCAAAACACACCAGCGCAUUCACACUGGAGAGAAACCGAAUCAGUGCUCACAGUGUGGAAAGAGUUUUAAUGGACAUAAUCAUCUGAAAAGACACCAGCGCGUUCACACUGGAGAGAAACCGUAUCAGUGCUCACAGUGUGGAAAGAGUUUUAUUACACAGAGUAAUCUCAAAACACACCAGCGCAUUCACACUGGAGAGAAACCGAAUCAGUGCUCACAGUGUGGAAAGAGUUUUAAUGGACAGAAUCAUCUGAAAAGACACCAGCGCAUUCACACUGGAGAGAAACUGUAUCAGUGCUCACAGUGUGGAAAGAGUUUUAUUACAAAGAGUGAGCUUAAAGUACACCAGCGCGUUCACACUGGAGAGAAACCGUAUCAGUGCUCACAGUGUGGAAAGAGUUUUAUUACACAGAGUAAUCUCAAAACACACCAGCGCAUUCACACUGGAGAGAAACCGAAUCAGUGCUCACAGUGUGGAAAGAGUUUUAAUGGACAGAAUCAUCUGAAAAGACACCAGCGCGUUCACACUGGAGAGAAACCGUAUCAGUGCUCACAGUGUGGAAAGAGUUUUAAUGAACAGAGUAAACUCAAAAGACACCAGCGCGUUCACACUAGAGAGAAACCGUAUUAGUGCUCACAGUGUGAGAAGUGUUUUAACAUACAGGAAUCUCUUAAAAACCACCAGCGCAUUCACACUGGAGAAAAACCAUAUCAGUGCUUACAGUGUGAGAAGAGUUUUAAUCAACUGGGUAAUCUCAAAAAAACACCAGCGCAUUCACAUUUUACAGAAAUGAUGCUCACAAUGUUGGAGCUGCUUUGCUCAUUUAUCAGCACUUAGACACAAGUGUGACUCAUCAGAUUGUACCAAACAAGCUAAAAUAUAAAAAUAUAAAAUAUAGUGAGUGAGUGUUGGGGAGAAAUGGUUAGCAAUGAAUGAAUUAUACUGUGUAAUAUAUGUAUAUCUUUAAGUUAAACUAUUACCUGGAAAUAAUGUGAUUAUGUAUAGUGGAGUGAAUGGUGGGUAGAACCAGGAGGUUUAGAGCCUGAUGUAAGUGAAUGCUAUCAGUUAAUAGUGGAAGUGAAUUGAAAAAAAGGUAUUGAAUCAGCUAGCAUAUAUUGGUCUUAGUGAUACUGUGCUUGUUUGGUUUUCUUCAUACAUUUCUAGACGUGUACUAGUGGUAUCCCUCAGGGCUCUGUCUUGGGGCCUCUACUUUUUAUAAUUUACCUGCUUCCCAUUGGACGUAUCUUUAGGAAAUACAACAUUCAAUUUUAUUGUUAUGCAGACGACACCGAGCUAUACCUGUCCACUGUGCUCACGGCUACUCUUCCUCCUCCAUCUCUCUCUGAUUGUCUAAUAGAAUUAAGAACAUGGUUCUCUUACAAUUUUCUCACAUUAAAUGCUGAUAAAACUGAAAUGCUUCUUAUAGGUAGAAAAUCUCCUCUCUCUAAAUCUAACAAAUUCUCAGUGAUGAUGAAGAACUCGGUCGUCUCUCCUUCCACUCACAAUCUUUCAUUUCAUGCACAUAUUAACAAUAUCACACAAUCCGCUUAUUUCCAUUUACGUAACAUUAAUCGUCUACGUCCAUUCCUUUCUCCUAGAAGUGCUGAUGUUCUUGUUCAUGCCCUGGUCACAUCUUGAAUUGAUUAUUGUAUCUCUCUCUUUUUUGAUCUACCUCAUAUGGGAGCUAGAGCUUUUAGCUACUCUGCCCCACAUCUCUUGAACUCUCUCCCUCCUGACAUUCGCACCAUUAAUUCAAUCCCUAGUUUCAAAACAUAUUAAAAUGUAUUUCGCAUUAAACUCGCCUACCCUUAAUCUGUGUAAUUAAUUAUGUACUGAUGUUUUGUAUUGUAAGAUGUCCUUGAGUGUUUUGAAAGGAGCCCAUGAAUAAAAUGUAUUAUUAUUAUUAUUAUUAUUAUUAUAUGUUGGCACAGAUGUUACUUCUACUUGUUUUUCACACAUUUUCAUAGUUUGGCUUAUACAGAGGUGGAAAGUAACGAAUUACAUUUGGUUGUGUUACUGUAAUUGAGUAGUUUUUUGUGUACUUGUGCUUUUUAAAGUAGAUUUUACAACCUGUAAUUUUACUUUUACUUAAAUAUGUUUUGUAUUAAGAUUUGUAAUUUGUUACAUUUUAAAUAACUUUUGUUACUGAGUAAAAAAACAAUAAAAAAAAA